GGUUGAGGAGCGCAAACAUGGGAAGGAACGAUAAGAUAGCUUCAGCAUCUCUCUCCUUUCCGCUUCAAAAUUUGCCAGUAAAUGAUGAUACGUGGGACGCAUUUCUGUUUGCAAUUCAUUCCGACACGCAGGACUCAAAAGAGAUAGGACCAAGUGGUCACCAAGCCUUAUAUGAUACUAUCGCUUGUGGUACUCGACAACGGUUCUCAGUUAUCUCAAAAGCUUCUUUACUGUCCUGGGCAGCUGAAAACGUCAAAAGUCAUGAUGCAUGCAAAGAGUUGAAGUCCAUGCUAGAUGGCGGGACUUCCGAGAGCGAUAUUUCUGAUUCAUUACUAGCUCGGAUCAUGAAAGUUCGGCUUGUCAUGUUGAAGCAAGAGGGAAUCGAGAUGCGAAACGCAGCCAAAGCAGUGAAGGAUACCCCUGAACCUGCCAUCACUCCUCCUGAUGCAGUAGAAGUCUCGAAAGCGAAGACGCCAAAGAAGGAAGAUAAGGACAAGGAAAAAGAAAAAGAGAAGGAUAAAGACAAAGAACGUGCCAAGUCGUCGCCAAAAAAAAAUGCUAAAGCUGGACCUGCCGCAAAGCAGCCAGAGCCUGCGUCACGGCCAGAAUCUGCAACAGUUCCUAGUGAGGUCUCCAAACGAAAGAAUAAACUUCGGGAUCGAGGGACCGUAAAACUAGAUGCGAAACCAACAACAAUUGGCGAUGAGCCUCAGGAUGGACCCGAUAUGUAUUACGCCCUCAAGGAUUUUGAACCGAGCUUCUAUUCUGCUUUGAUGGAGGAGACAUUAGUCCAAAUGAAUCUGAUUAUCCGGCUCAGUGGUUCACCGGCAGAAAGCCGGACACUGCCCACCGAAAAACUUGGGGGUGAUGACAAGGAUUUCCCCCCUUCGAACUGGCAAACAGCAGAGGAUUUCAAAAUAAUCCGCCAAAUGGUACAGAAUGUCCCAGAUCCCUCACUUUGGAAAAGCUUGGCGAUACUGGAUGUCCAGGCAACGGAAGCCAAAGAUUACAAGGAAUUAUUUGACUUGAUCGCAAAAAGCAUCUAUUCUCUUCUUGAGAAGCGUAAGAUCUAUCAGACAUUUUAUUCGACCGACUCAGUCAUCAACAUUCCAGAUAUUGAUCGGGGGCGGCUGCGCGAGACUUUGCGUUCAUUUAGAAGUCUGAUCCGGGCUGUACCCAAUGAGAGCCUUCUCAACGUAGAUCUAUUGCUGGCUAUUCUUUUAGAACAAGUUGGCCGAGCUGUGAUUACCGAACCGCCCGCAGAUACCUCAAUGGUUGAAUUCGCUGGGCGAGCUGAGGAAAUUGCGGCUUUGAAACAUUACAUUGAGACCGCUGCAACAAAGCUUGUUUUUCAUACCCCAAGGUCUAGCAAAAUUACGUCAAAUCGACCGCAGGACGAUGACUUCAACCACGCAAAAGGUGACAUUCGCACAGUUCCAAUGGCUGAUGUGCAUUCCUACAUUGCUCGCAAGAUGAGCAGAGUUGCAUCACUGGGAGUGGACACAGAGCCUCUGAUGGAUCACAUUAGUAAACUUUAUCGUACGCGGCGCUACAUCGAGAACAUACACGAGCUCGUCCGCAGCGGUCAAAUGGAGGCCCCCGCUUCAUCGCGAACACAUCAUCUUGAAAAUAUUGAAAUACAGAAAUUCUCAAAUCAAGUGGAUCUUGAGGAGACACAGCGCAUAUUACGGCAGCUCGAAUUCGAAGAACUUCUCGAGCCUAACCAAUGGGAAUCUGAUCAGGAUGGUCCUCUAAGUGACUGGCACUGGUUAGAGCAUCACAACAGCCAUGCAUUUAUGCAAAUCCUGCAAGGCGCUCAAGUUUUGAAUCCGGAGGUUCGAGUGAAAGUUUCCGAGCGUGAGGCUGCCGUGUUGUUGGCUGUGAUGGGUCCUGGACCAGCUGGGGCUACGCAGGCUGGUGUAGAAUUUGAUUGCCAGGCAAAGACAAAGGUUGGCUUCGGACUAUUUUCCGAGCUGUAUGACAACAAGUCUCAGUAUCUUAAUCCGGUGCAACCGGAGAGAACCUACGUAUACUCUACCGGGAAUCAGAUAAUCCAUUACCAUGAGGAUUGUACUUUUAUGUACCCAAACACAGGAGUCCACAUUCGGCACCGGAAAGUGAAGCAAAUGGAUAAGGAAAUUGACUCCUGCACAAGUUUGUACUCCCGUAACUUCAUUAUGAGCUGGAGAGGUCCUCAAACCCUCCGAGGAUUGCCGUAUUUUACUGCCUCAUUCGAGGACGGGACCGUUUUCGGUGUUUCAAUCAACUCCGCAGGAGAGAAGCUAGUACAGGCAUCUACAGCGGACGGCUUAACCAUAGAAUGGAGCGCAUCGGGCACAGUGUUUCAAAAAAACCUUUCCCUUAAUUCUAGUCCUAGUUUUUCAGACGUAGCAAAUGGCGAGGAAAUGGGCCGACUCAUAACGCCAGAGGGAACUGUGGUUAAAUAUCUUCACAACAACGAGGUGCAAGUUCUCUUUGCGAACGGGAAUGUCACCACGCAGCGUCAAUCCGGUGUAUGCACAAGUACUAAUGCGGAAGGAACAAAGCUAACUACAGCUAAGGACCGACCACCAACGGUGGAAAGUGUCAAAAUUAUCUGCGAAAAGGAUCUGGCGAGCAAACAUGUGAACGUGACCAGAGAAGACAUGGUCAUUGUUAAGACCGAUGAGGCGGGCCAAACCACCUGCGAGCACGCAGAUGGUACUUCCAUUGCGACAAAACUAGUGGCGGGCACGUCCGAACUAGAGACGGACGAAGCAUGCAAGAAGCCUGUAGAAAUCAAUAUCAAAUGCCGAGGAUAUGCAUCACUGAUGUUUAAUCGGGACAGUGGAGUGACUCGUCUAGAAUUCCCAAAUAAGAUCGUAGUAGAGAGAUGGUUCAAGUCUGGAGAAUCAGAGGCCAGUUAUCGCAUUUUAAAGGGAGACCUGCUCCUCGAGAUUGACUGCACCGGCAAAGCACUCUUUAAACCUGCCUCCUAUCAACAGCAUGUCCAUGAGGAGGCGGGAAGUCACUACAUCAAUUGGUUAGACGGUUCUCUCGUCAUGCAUGACUGGGCUGGUAACAGGUUCGAGAUAGACAAAAGUGGGCAAUCUAGGGUCAAUCUCAUGCAGACCGACGGGAAGGCGACAUCAGCGCCCUCCCCAGAGAGUAUUACGAGUCUCCUGGGGCAACGCGCACUCUGCAGCUCUCUCAGCAAUAUCUCUUAUCGACCGGGAAAUGCACCCAGACUAUUUCUGCUCAGGGAAGAUGGAUCGGGCUUGGAGUUACUUAGGGAUCUGGAUACACUCAAUUAUCUAAUUGAGUACAAGGACAAGCCCAGUGUGAAGAUUAUAGACGAACCCUUGCAACAGAGCCCGUCGUCAUUAUGUCUCACAAUAUUAGUAUCGGACGACGAUACUGAAGACUCUUAUAUAGCAAAGAGUCAACAAGGAGCGAUUGUGAAAUACAGACAGCUGAUCUGCCAUCCUCGUGUAACACAACAUCUGCGUAAACUCGUAAUGAGCGACAUGAAAGCUCUCGAGAACUGGAAAGUGGGCAAAGAACAAAGCUCAAAUGGAUACGCCAUGUACGAGAAGCUUAACCCCGAUGCAGAGAAUGUAGCGGAGGAGCUGACAACACGUCAGUCAACUAUCGAAGAUGACAAACUAGUAUACGGGCGAGAUCGUAACACUACGGAACAGGCUAUACGACAAAAGUAUUUACUGAAGGAGAGUGAUCUAAUUCAGAAGCGAGCAGCGGGACAAGAGAUUUACGAUCAUUCAAAACAGUUGCAAGCUUCUACGCCAACAACUUCGAAGCCCGUGGCCUUGUAUCCGGAUGAAAAUAGCCGCGUGCCCAGUAGAAAAAGAAGAUCCCUGCAGCGGUUGCUUCGCGAUGGAGAUGUCAUACCUGGCUACUUUAGCAGUCCGGAGGGACAAAUCUCACCGGAUAAGUUGGAUCCGAUCCCCCGAAAGGUGGAUACAGCACCAGCCGCUGAUAGUUAUGCAUCAGACAUAGUCUGCAGCAAACCAGCCCCGGUUGACAUUGGAAAAACAAAUGAGGUGCCUUCAAGCGAAGAGAACCCUUCUCAGGAAUCUUCACUGGCAAUGCAAGAUGUGCCCACUGUCAGUAGCGAGAAAGAGCAUACGCCUCAUUCCGUGAUUCAACCAAAUCCUAACGACUUGCCUACCAACCCCCGCAACGUCGACGUUCUCGGUAGACCCCGGAGAUCCAAGGUUCCUUUACCAGCGGUUCUGAGGAGCAGUAAGCCAGGAAUGGUUCCCAAUGCCCAUUACAUAGCGGUCGAGGCACAUGCCCGGCGCCAAAUUAACACAGCGUCAACAGCCCGACUGACCAAGAAUGAAGAAUUGCCGAGUUUAGGGACCUUUGAUGUCCUGCCUUCGCAAAUUAAAUUUGGAACCGUGAAGGCUGGCGAAUCUUCAGAAGCAACAUUGACAAUCAUUAACGUGGGCAACGAUUCGGCCAGAUUCAAAAUAAAGCAUCAACCCGGUAGCUGCAUUACUUCAAGCUACAAGCAAGGGCCGGUUGCUCCCGGUAUGCGGAAGGAAGUGCAAUUGGUCCUCAGAGCCCCUGAAGCGGAUAAGCAGACACUCAAGGAGGUUAUACAGGUUAUUACAGAAUCCUGGAUUUUGAACGUACCAUGUUCAGCAACAAUAAGUUCAGCGAGCUCCAUUUGA